AUGGACGUCCCACCAACAUAUUCCGCACAACCGAGCCGUGGGGAUGAAGCCGCCGUCGAGCCACCCUCAUAUGAACUACCUUAUCCAUUGCUUGUGGGCCGCCGUGCCGUUCAGACAUCCUUUGUCAGCAUAUCUCAACUUAAGGGUCACCUAUCCCUCUUGAAGCACUUUGCUUCCCUCAAGGAACGAGUCGAAGGGAUGGACCGAUCCAGAUACGGAGACGCGCCUGAAGAUAAGGAACGUAGGUGGUCAUGGUUCGAAAGGUGGUGCAAGGAGCUGACAGUUUACGACGCAUUGGAUUUCGCUGACCACCGGUUGCCUCCUGUUGAUGUUAUCAUGGUGUGGCAUGCCUACUUAUUAAAUCCUGCGUAUGUUGCACAACGUUUCUUCUGUGAUGUAAUGCUGAUACGGACAUGCUAUACCAUUGGCUCACCUCCAUCGAACGCUCGAGCUCAGGACUGGCUGCAGAAGACCCAUCUCCCCUACGAUCCUUUCGAGUCGGCAAUGGUGUUGACACAGCGAGAAAUAGUGUGCCCUCAAUGUCUCACGAAGACCAACGUUCGCCUGGCAAAUUCUACCGGGAGCGGAUAUCUCCAGCAGGACUUCAAGGGCAACUGCUCGGGAUGUUGGCUGACGAUUACGAAAGAAAAAUUGGCUUUCCAUAAACUCGUGAAGGACUUGGUAGGGACCAAUGCUGUCCUUGCCGGAACUCUUCACACCUCUUAUAAUAUAGACAAUUCGCAUCGUGCGAAGGUGAUCAAGACCGGGAUUUUGGAGUUAAGGCCGCGUGUCUUCCAGAAGGGAGAUGCGAAAACCGAACAGGAAUGGGCGGUCAACAUACAGAAGCACAUGGAUUAUAGUAUGCAGAAGAUUCAAACCGCUAUGGCGCAGCGGAUGAGAACAUAUGGAGGACACUUGUUAUCUCGGAUCAUGAGCUCAUACGAAGACGAUAAGAUAUUUUCAUUGGAUCUCGUAGGAGCAGUACUCCGACAAGGCUCCUUUGUCGACAAGAUGCAUAAGCUGGGUUGGACUGAUCCAGAAUUUUUUUCGUCAUCCGAGGAUGAAGUGGCCUUGAAGCACUGCAUGGCUCGUUAUCAUGCAUUCUUGGAUCUCAUGUCUUCGUCACCGGCUGGUUUCUUCGUCCCGACACUGGACAUUGAUCUAGUGUGGCAUACCCACCAGCUCAUGGCUCGACAGUACUCCAGCGACUGCCUCGAAUAUGUCUGUCGGUUCGUCGACCAUGAUGAUAAGGUUGCUGAGAACAGACUUUCAAGAGCUUUCGACAUCACUUGUCGGGCGUGGCAAGACCGUUUCGGGAUCCCAUAUACGCACUGUGGGUGUCCACUCCCAGGUGAUACGAUUGGGCAGAAGAUAAGCAGACUGGUAUCGAUACAUAAGCAGUCAGGAACGCCGUCUCACCUUGUCCCACCUCGGGAUCGCCGUGAUCUUCUGGCAGCUACCCACCCGAGUGAUCAUAAUGCUGUGUAUUCGUUUCAGCACCAGGGGCAGGUCGAUGCCAUGAGACGGGCAAGGCUGGAGAAGCGGGAAAGGAGGAUCAGACGAGAGGAAGGGAAGGGAAUAAGUCGGAACAGGAGUGUUGGUCAUGAUCCAGCUUUUUUGGUGCCCGUGCCGUUGUAUUAUGGUGUAGGCUGUGUAGCGACAACGGGGCAUGUAGUUGGUGGGGGUGGUGGUGUCGGGGGAUGUGUGGCUGCUGUGGGUCGCUUUUCUAUCAUGAUUUUGUUCUGCUUGGGACUCACUUUUUUGUUUCGAAGGGCGCUGGUGGUUGUGGAAGUGGUGGUGAGUUUGAACGUAGGCGAAUGUUGA